AUGUCCACGUCGCUGCCGCUGCCCAAGGGCUUCUUCAACACCAAUGUGCACGUGUCCGAGGACAUGCGCCGCCAGUACGUCGAGUUCGCGGAGGGCUCCAUCCGCAAGGUCUUCGCGCUGAGCGACUGCCACAAGAAUAGCUGGAUCCCCAUGCGCGAGAAGAAGGGCGUGGCCAUCUACCGCAACUUCGGCCAGAUGCGCGGCCCCAACGCCUAUAAGUCGAACAUCGCCGAGGUGGGCUGCAAGGGCGAGCUCAACGCCUCGCUGGAGCAGGUCGGACGCGCCUACGCGGCGCACGACGACGCGCUGUUCAGGAGACUCAUGAAGAAGCUCAACCCCGCUGUGAUGGACGCCGCCGUGCUGUCCACGAUUGUGCCGCGCACGCCGCUGACGCCCUACAGGUAUAUCGGCAUCAAGUGGUACGCUGUGAAGACGCCCACGCCCAUCGUGUCGCACCGAGACUACUGCUGCCUCGAGGUGCAGGACAAGAUCGUGGACUCGUUCGGCAACGAAAUGUAUAUUCGCGUUCUCAACUCCAUCGAGGUCAACGAGUGCCCGUCGCUCGAGAACUCGCAUGGGCUCGUGCGCGCAAAGAUCCUCGCUGGAUACAUGUAUCGCACCGAUCGCGCCGAGCCGAACGUAGUGCGGGUGCACCACGUAGCGCGGCUCGACCCUGGAGGCUACUUCCCUUCGCAGUGGGCCUUUAAGACUGCCGAGUCGCAACUGGUGAACAGCAUCGUGCAGAUUCGCCGCAUCAUUGACAAGCAGCAGAUGAACGCCUGCACCUUCGUAGAUAAGCGGCAGUGGGUGCCCAACCACGAGCGUCUCCACUGUGCCGUUUGCAGCCGGACUUUUGGUACGUUCCGUCCGCGCCAUCACUGCCGAAGCUGUGGCGAGGUCAUUUGUGGCAAAUGCAGCGUGUUCAAGUCUGUGGAGGUGCCUGGCACGACGCUCAAGAACGUCCGCAUCUGCUCUGUGUGCAACAUGGGCGUGCAGAAGGCUGGUGGACACGAUGAUGGAAACAUGUCGGAUAUAUCUACCUCCUCCGUUACAUCCAGCAGCACGAUCGCGCACAACGAAAUGAACUUGAUGGAUCUCUACAUGGGCAAUGGCGGCGGGCCGCGCACGCCGUCGGCGUUUUCGGACGCAUCAGCUCACUCUAAUCUCUCCAUUCGGUCGACAACUUCCACCCGGUCAGUCUACGAUGCUCGCGGGCACGCACACAGUCACGCGCGAGGACCACGCACCCCCGGCGGCGCCUUCUUCAACGAGAGCAACACUCCUCGAUCGUACAUCGCCAACAACCUCACGCCGCGUGGGUUUGGGUUUGGCUCGGGCCCCCCGACGCCUGGAUCCGCAGCUACGACGCCUUCAGGCGGCGCCAGGCCAUCCAUAUCCGCGGCGAGCGUGGUGGCAGCCGCUGCAAUCACGGCGCAGCGCUUGUCCAACUACAAGCAGAACCCCGUCGACCUUGGAUACUUGCGUGACUCGGUGAACGAGACUACAGCCACAGCCGCACACGCACCAGAAGCUGCAGCACACGAACGGCCCGAAGACCCGACGACGCCGUGGCCCCCCGUGAAGAUUCAGCGACUCGAGACGGGCGAGACCGCAGACGUGGACAUGGAGGCAGAUGAAGAGGAUGACAUGGAGACCAAACCAGCGGCGCCACUUGCUAGCGACACCCAGGAGGCGCAGCAGCAGCGGCGGCCACUGGGCCUGCAGCUACCGACCGUGGAGCGCAUCUCGGAGAGUCCGUUCGAGCAGUCGAGCGCAUCCACCGUCUUCCGCGCGAGCCUGGAUAAGGAUGAGCCCGCGAGUAGCAGCAACGCCGGCGCCGGCGGCGGCGGCUUCCGGCCGUUCUUUAACGGGAUUCUGUCGCGCGUCCGCGGCGACUCGGGCGAGAAGUCCUCGCAGCGGGCCGCCUAG